AUGGCUGCGAGUGCAUGGACCAAAGAGGAGAACGAGAAGUUGAAGAAAGCAGUGCAGUGGUUCCCUGCGUAUUUACCCAAUCGGUUCGAGUUUAUAGCCCGGUGUCUAGGGAAAUCGGUGGUCGAUGUUAUGGAGCAUUACCAGGAUAUGGUCGAUGAUCUUCUAGAGACCAGAUCGAGUCCAAUAGCUUUUGCUGAUUGGAUGAUUUAUGGAAUUGAGCCGAGUUGGUGCCGGAUCCCGAGACAAAUAUGGGACAAACAAGAACAUGAAUGGUUCCUGAUCGGGUUAAGGCGGUUUGGGAGAGAUUAUGACAACAUAGCUGCCUUAUUGGUUACCAAAACUCCUAUGCAAGUGGCGAUCUAUGCAUGUAACUUCUUCACUUGGCACAACUCAAAGAACAAUAAUGUAACGAUGCAGCGGAGAACCAUCGAGAUAACUAUGGGGGCUGGCCAACAGGAGAGGCUCGUUCCUUUGCAGCCGCAACCACCGCAAGGGCUAGUUGCGCUGGAAUCCGGUCAGCAUGGUGGCAUUUCUGAUUCUGAAUCGAACAAUCGUCCAUAA